ACAAACAAGCAUCGAUCAGCUUGCAGCUCCGUUCCUUCACCACCACAAAAUCCACACUCCACUGCUAUCAUCGCAGAGUUCAGGCAGGCCAGUUAGCGGCAUCAUCUCCUCCAACGCUGCGAGAAGAACAAAGUUACAGAGAGAUCAUGGCGGGUACGGCGAAGGCGUCGUGGAUGGUGGCGAUGAGCGUGGGCGCCGUGGAGGCGCUCAAGGACCAGGCCGGGCUCUGCCGCUGGAACUACGCGCUCAGGUCCAUCCACCGGGCAGCCAAGGCCAGGGCCAACGUCCCUGGCGGCGUAUCGCAGGGCGCAAAGCAGCUUCCGGCCUCUGCAGCGAUGGCGGAGAAGCGACGAGCCGAGAAGGCCGAGGAGGGGCUGAGGACCGUGAUGUACCUCAGCUGCUGGGGUCCCAAUUAGUACUAGCUACCAAGAGGUGUUUUCUCCUAGCUCCAGCCUCUGUUAGAAAGCUCUAGCAACAACCACGCCGUGUGACUUGGCUGGUUAAUUCCCUGCCGAUUGUAAAUACGUAUCAGGAUGAUGAUGAUGAUGAUGAUGAAACCUUUCCCAACUUCGAGUUCACAUUAUCCUGCUUCAGAAAGGUUUGAAUUGCCUUUCA